GGUACAGAUCACUGUCAGCCACCGAUCUUCUCGGGUUUCGAGCAUUUUCAUCACAAGACAAAAUGCUGAAACGCAGUCGUCAACAGCAGUAUAAGGAGUCCCUCUCUGAUAUGGCUCAACGCUACCGUGGGGUUAUUUUGGUGAUCACAGUGCCACUUUUUCUCAUAUGUUUUGUUCUGCUUCUGAUGCCUAUGGCUCGUUCUUCUUCGUCUUCUUCUUCUGAUGCUUUUCAACAAAAUAGAAAGUUUUUACCUUAUUAUGGUAGCCCUGUUCCCUCCUUGAAAAGCUAUGCUGUGAUUUUUGAUGCCGGGAGUUCAGGAAGUAGAGUUCAUGUUUUCAGUUUUGACCAGAAUCUAGAUCUUAUGCACAUUGGUAAAGAACUUGAGCUUUUUGUUCAGUUAAAACCAGGCCUGAGUGCAUAUGCAAAGGACCCUAAAGUUGCUGCACAAUCGCUAAUUCCUCUUUUAGAGAAAGCAGAAAACAUUGUUCCACAAAAAAUGCGCAAAGACACACCUGUGAAAGUUGGGGCAACUGCAGGUUUAAGACAAUUGGGAAAUGAUGCAUCUGAGAAAAUUUUGCAAGCUGUGAAAGAUUUGAUGAAGAGUAGGAGCAGCCUCAAGUCCGAUGAUAAUUGGGUGACUGUUCUGGAUGGUACUCAAGAAGGUGCUUACUUAUGGGUGACGAUAAAUUACCUGCUAAAAAGAUUAGGCAAAAAAUACUCGGAUACUGUUGGGGUAGUUGAUCUGGGUGGUGGGUCGGUACAAAUGGCGUAUGCUAUCUCAGAAGCAGAAGCUGCCAAGGCCCCAAAGCCGACAAAUGGAGAUGAUACAUACGUUAAGGAGUUGCUUCUCAUGGGAACAAAGUAUUACCUAUAUGUACAUAGCUACUUGCAUCACGGAUUAUUAGCUGCUCGAGCUGAGAUUUUGAAGACUUCAAAAAGUUCGGAGAAUCCAUGUGUCUUGUCUGGCUACAAUGGGGUUUACACAUAUGGAGGAAAAGAUUACAAAGUUUCAUCUCCUUCUUCUGGUUCAAGCAUUAGCAAGUGUAGGCAAGAAGCACGCAAGGCUCUCAGAAUUAACGAGUCAACUUGCUCCCAUGAGAAAUGCACCUUCGGUGGGAUAUGGAGUGGUGGUGGAGGUCAUGGACAAAAAGAUAUGUUUGUUGCUUCAUUUUUCUACGACAGGGCUGUGCAGGCUGGAUUGAUUGAUGCAAGCAAACCUAUCGUCAAAAUUCAGCCAAUAGAUUUUCAAGAAGCUGCUGAGCAUAUUUGUGUCACCAAACUUGAGGAUGCCGGAUCCAAAUAUCCUCAUGUAGAAGCCUCUGAUCUACCCUACUUAUGCAUGGAUCUUGUGUACGAGUUCACAUUACUAGUAGAUGGCUUUGGUUUGGAUCCAUUGCAGGAGAUUACAUUGGUGAAGAAAGUCGAGUACCAAAAUUCACUGGUCGAAGCUGCCUGGCCGUUAGGAAGUGCAAUCGAAGCCGUGUCAGCAGCUACCUAAAAAAUACUCUUAUAAUUCAGGUUAAAUUUGAGCCACGUUCCCUCCAUUACUCUUUUCUAAAUUUUAGGAGCCAUGAACACACUUAUACAUACAGAGUUUCAUUUACUUGUAUCAACUCUCAGACUAUCAGUUUUCACUUGCUUUCACUUGUCAUGGAUUAAAAUGG